AAGGUAAAGCAAAAAUUGGAAAAACAAAUGUCUGAGUUCAAAAUUUUUUUCUCGUCAGUCUACAGACGUUUUUAAUUAGAUAAUCAAAGUUUAAAUUAGUGCACAUGCAAGACAUUUGUCACAGAACCAUUACCGAUCUCAAAUCCAACAAAUUGAAUCGCGUAAUCAACUGUUGAUGGUCAAAAUAAACAGUUUUUCGUUUAACGUCAGUGUGUUGUGUUACCCACAGUCAGUUUAAGUGUCAAAAAGGGUGGAAAAUUCAUAUGAACGACGAAAAAUGUAAAUUUGUUCGAUUUAACAAAUUGUUUAGCCUGAAUUCACAUAUCAUCAAUGGGAACGAAUGAUUUAUGCCUACGGCCGUUGCCUUAUUUGGAUGCAAAAUGGUUAAGGGUCGAUUUGUAUGGGGCUUUGCGUGAUUUGGAAUGUGCAGCUCAACAAUUCAAUAAUCUGGUUAAAGACAAUGAACUCAUUGCUAGCGAUGGAGUUCAACAGGGUACUGUGAUAAAUUCAACUGGAUAUGUGUCAUAUGUCAACACCACGAUCGGUAAACAUUAUUGCGGUGUCGCUGAUAUAUCGUGCCUGUGUGCAAAUGGUUCGACUUGUACGGGUAUCUGUCGUCCGGAAACGGAAUGCAAUUGUGAAGCUUGCCAUCAGCUUGACGAAGAGACGACAAAGAAAAGUUCAACGGUGCAGAGUCGCACCCAAUGUGAACCAUCCGAUACAAUUUUGGAUUCUUGGCUCUGGGGACCCAUUCCAAACACGGAGCAGCGAGCCAAUUGCAUUAAAUCACUGUUAACGGAACAACGAGAACUAUCCCUCCAGGCAGCCAGCCAUUCACUCUCGGCCAUUCACCUCAAACAGCGUCUGAACAUUUACCAUCGUUACUUCAUCGCCUUGGCUCGUUUUAAGUCCGCUAAGAACGUCGAUUGCUAUUCAGAUCCCAUUGAAGGACAAGUGGACGGAAGCUAUCAGAAAUGCGGCAGCAUCGACAGUUUGGUAACGAAAGAUGCCGAAAAGUCAGCUUUGGCUAGAGUGGGAGCUCGAGCUGCCUUGAAUUUUUCAUUUGCAUUUCUCCGACGUGCUUGGCGUUCCGGCGAAGAUACUGACCUCUGCAGUGAACUACUCACCGAUGCACUUGCAGCACUUCAAGGACUGCCCGAAGCGUCACUCUUCGAUUCGUCACAAGUAUCCGCAUUGUGGAUUGAGGUGUUGGAAAGAUCGACCAAAUUUCUGCGUCAAGUUGUUUUGGGCGAUGUGAUGGGCGGAAGAUGUUUGGUUCCCCGUGCUGAUCGUCAUAUUGCGCUCAGUUUACUGUUGGAAUUGGGUUCGCAGAAGGGAACGCUGAGUGCUUCGCUCGAAGCCAUUCUUUUGCUACUGACGCUGUGGGACAAGGAAAAGGAUGUGGACGAUAAUCGUACACCGAAUCAAAUCAAUGGGGCGCCAUUGGUCCCCAUUCUACGACGUUACGAACAUGUAUCGAGUCAAUCACAUGCAAAAGUACUGGAGGGGAAUAAUGCAGCUAGUCCAACGGAAUCGUUUUUAAGAUUCCUCACUUUACCCGAAUCGGAAUCGGCCAAUGUCGAUCUUCGACAGGCAGCCGUUGUGAUCAUCAGUCAUUUGGAUCGGUUGGCCAAACCUCAGUUACCAACUGGUAGUUACGCACCCAAGCGUACCAAGCAACUGCAACAAAUCCUAACCCUUGGCUCAUUCUCCGUCUCAUCGGAAAAUUAUGGAUUUACGUCCGAGCAUGUUACCGAGCAAUUUCCGAUACUCGGUACGGGAUCGAAAUAUUCAACCACCUUCAUCGACUUGGGACCGAACGCGUCGAUCAAGCAGAUGAUCUUCUCCGAGAAGCAGGUCUACAUCCUGACAACCAUCGGUGAAGUGUUCAUGUUGGACAAUGAAAUUACGUCCGAACCGAAAGUGGAACCGGUUGACAUUGCCGGUUGUGAUGCCGGUACAGUGAUUCAGAUUGCUGGUUUGUGCGAGGGAAAAUAUUUGUUUGCAUUGAAUGAGAAACGUGAAGUGUUUGUGUUGGGUGUAGGCGAUGGACGAUCGAAUCGGGGUGACGUGGCAUUGAAAGUUCAUGCCUUUUCGGAUAAGUUCAUCAAAAGCAUUCAUUGCGGUGCCACAUAUUGUGCAGCUGUAACAGUGUCCGGAGGACUAUACACUUUCGGUCGGAAUGUAACUGGAUGCGCGCCUGUCGUUUCGGAAGAGAAAUUUGCUCCGAUUGCAGUGCAAGCGAUGUUUGGUCAAAUGGUCGUCGAUGUUGCAUUGUCGACCGGAGAUUCUGGUUCACUGUGCGUCACAUCGGAUGGAAGUGUUUACGCGUGGAAUGAUGUCGAUCUGGGCAAAGCUGGAAAUAGCUCGUACAGUGGUGGUUCUCAAGUUCCCGUUCAAGUCGAGGGACUAACGCGAAUUUGUCGUGUGUUCUCAUGCUCCGAAUUCAAUGUGGCUUUGUCUUUUGACGGAUCGGUGUACGUGUGGAGCAACAAAAAUGGUGCACGACCUUGUUCGGCUGAUAUGUCCGAUGAAAAAUCGAAAGCGAAUGCUGAGUUGUGCGACUACCUGCCGCAUCCACGACGAAUUGAAUCAUUGGAAGGUAAAAAUAUUGUCGAUGUGGCAGUCGGUAGCGCACAUUGUCUGCUCAUGACGAGUAAUGGUGAAGUUUACGGUUUUGGGCGCAAUGAUUACAAUCAGAUUUGUCCCAAGUCGGUAUCCUCGUCUACGAUGAUUACAACACCCAUUCAAGUUACGCCUCCAUCGCUACGAACAACCGGAAUAACAUGUGGUCCAGCACAAUCCAUUCUAUGGAGCAAUACGUCCACGUCAGGAAUCGCUAAGAAACUUCCGUUCAUUGUCGACCUGUCCGAAUCAACGUUCCGGUUAAUCGAUCAACUUUUAGCGAUUGUGUGUGCCAUUACCAGUGAGAUCAGACAUCCUCCUAACCAAGAAUCUGAGUGCAUUGCAGUGGCCUCAUUAAACUUGCUUCGGCUCCAGUUACACGCCUUGAUCACAAACAACAUCAAUCCUCAAACGGUUGGACUGGGCGAAGGUUCCCGCCUUCUCACCAGUCUUAAAACUCGAAUACUGAGCCUAGCUGGCGGACCAACAAUACUGAAAACAAUGCAGGACGCAGCCCAGUGGACAUUGCAGGUCGGAUGGAGUGUAUUUCUACCAACUGCUGCCGAAAGAGCACAAACAUUAACAUCCCUGCUUCCAUCCGAUCCUAGUGCGUCAACAUCAACGUCAGGACACAGAUUCAUGACCGAUUUACUAGUCGGUUCCCUCAUGGCAGAAGAAGGAUUACAAACGGCACUGAAACAAGCCAUCAAUUCAGAACCGGGAGACUCGUCAAGUGGCCACAAUCUGCCGUUAUUGCACCUGAUCAAGCAACUGUUACGCAAUAAUGCUGCCUUGACACAAGCUCGUCUCGGUCAACUGUUAGCCGGUCCGUAUGUCAAAUCGGAAGAUGAUUAUGCACAGGCUGAAAGUCCCGAGUUUCCGUCGCCCAGUUUAGAUUUACUGCAUCGUUUCCAACGACUUCUUCUGUCCCAUUUGCAUCAAUCGAAGAACGAAGAUCUGGCUGGAGCGGAAGCAUUGCUCGCCAAAUACAUGCAACAAAUAAUCACGCUGUCCGUGGCAACGUUGACGAAAGCGAACGAAAUCAUUCUACAAGGAAAAGAAGGAAUUGUUCCGGUCCUAGCCGCCGAUAUAUCGGACACACUGCUCUACGAACUCAUUGUGGGACUCGUUCUAUUGCAUCGUGAUUGUACCACUACCAUUUUGCCGUCGUUCGAAUGGACGAAACUGUUUGUGCCGCUGUUGAAUUGCUUGGACUGCUUGAAUCGAAUCAUAUGCGAUGCUGAUGUUCAAGACACGGAUAACAUGGGUUGGCCAGCAAUCUUUUGCCGCGGAUCACCGAAACCAGUUUCAGCUCAGGACGAUGCUGUGGUGAUACGACAAUGCGACAUUGAAAAUCACAUCCUUUCGGGUGGUAAAUGGAUCAUCAUCAGCGGUCAUGUGUACGACGUGGAUGGUUACCAUUGCGACAUCGGUUACGUCAAUGAAUUGCUGUCCAAUGGAGCUGGGAAAGAUCUGACCAGUGAACUUUCAAAUCCAUUGUAUCGCGUCCCAUUCGAACAUAUUACUUCGCACUUGAAGGUCGGAAAGUUUGCCCACAACGACAGCGAUGACAAGGCGUCUGGAUUCCAGAACAUUUCAUUGACCCAUUUAAACACCGAACAAGCGUUGGCCUAUCUACUCGGUCUACGAGCUUGCAUACUCCAACGAGGGCCCAUACUUCAACCAGCCGAAAUUUCGUGCAAGAGUCUGUUGAAAUCACCGAUUUUGAGUGGUGGUCUGCAGGUCUUACAACCGUCGAAUCCAUUCGAUGAAGAGAAGGGUGAAGCACGUAGCAGUGCAUCCACUGGCAGUACACCGACAGAAGCGUCUAGUAUAUUCGCCUCUGAACUGCCACAACCAGCUCUGUGGCCACACAUGCUUAUUACUCAUCGCGUCGACUCACUGUUAACCGGAUUGAGUGAAGCACGAUUAACGGAUCCAUUGGUAUCGACGUGGUACACCAUUGCGGACCGAUUUUGCAAGGAGAACAGUUUCAUCUGGCACCAAGACUUUCCCACUGAACAUCCGAUCAGCGAACUUGAACGAAACCUCACGGCUGUGUUCAUUCGGCAUCAAAGUUUGGGUCCGUUAGUGCUGGCUGUAGUCGAUCGAGAACUAAGUGGUGCAAGUGAUAAACUGCCGACACCUGUGGCGGAUGUCAUCCGACUCGUUCAUCAAACCAAAUUUACGUUAAUUAAGACGCGACAGCAACUGAACCGAAGCUACAAAGAAGUGUGCGCACCAAUGUUGGAAAAAUGCCGGUUUCUGUUGUAUGAAGUGCGGCCGGCCAUUAGCAUGGAACAGUUAGCGUUGAAGCGAUUGAAUAUUCUGCGCAAACCAACCCGAUUCAAAUCGCUGGUGAAACGGAUCAUAAACGAUAUCCGAACCGCAAAGGUUUUGCACGACAUCGCCAAACCCGACGAUAUACUCAACGUGACGAUACAGAGUCAGACCGGUAUCAAGCUGCAUUCGAAUGAAAAUCUAAAGAAAAUUAGCUCAACGGACAAUUUGCUGAGCAAUGAGGUGGAUGGCAGGAAAAUCGCCGGUGAAAACGAUAGCAAUGUAACGUUGGAAAAACGCGAUCCGAUCGACGGUGGUGAUACAAAGACUCCGAACAAUUUGGAAAAUUGUCGUCGAUUCAAGGCCAACGAAUGGGACGAUCAGUUCGUGAAUGAUUUCAUUGCAAAAUUGAGCGAGAAAUCGAUGCAAAUCUGUGACAACAGUGAAUCGCUGUCGUCGGUGAUGACGUUGAUUGUCGAUUUUAUAUUACAAGAAAAUUGCGAUGUGGAAACGUUGCGACGAGCCAUGUACUGUCAGGUGCAACGGUAUCAAAUACGUAAACGAGGACUGGAAAUGUUUGCCGAACUGUUGAGUGUUAAAGGUUUAUUGGACGACGUUGCGUACAACGUGCUGAGCGGCUACCUGGGCCUCUUUCUCGAGAAAUCGAAACAACAUUAUCUGGGCAACAUUAUGGACGAUCUGAAUAUGAUAACGGCUUUCCAGAAGGCCGACCUGUUGCUGUGCCACAAGACCAUUAUUGAAUGGGCAAUCGUUGAGAUGCAAAAGUUUGUGAAUCAGGAGCAAAUCUUCGGCAAACAGAAAUCGCACGCCGGCAAAGACAAUUCCAAUUUGGGUACGUACGUGUUCCUCAAGAAAUUACCGCGCGCCCGCUUUCUGCUCGGCGUGUUCGGCAUACUGUCCAAGGAUCUGGGCGGAGAUGAAAUCAGUUUGGUCAUAAAUUCUGGUGCGCUGGGCAGCAUUUUGGGAUUGCUGAGACAAUGUGGUGGAGAGCCGGCUGCGUCCAAGAUUGGCAACGAACAGUCGUUCGUUUAUGAGGAUGCAAUCGUGAAAAGGGCACCGAAAACCAAUGCGACUGGAUCCGAGCUAGCAAAACUCAUGAAAAUUGGCACAAGAGUGGUUCGGGGAGUUGACUGGAAAUGGGGCUCCCAAGAUGACAGUGGAAACGGACGAAUAAUAUCGGAGGUCGGAGAUGAUGGUUGGGUUCGAGUGGAAUGGGACAAUGGCUCAACGAACUCGUACCGGAUGGGAAAAGAAGGUCAAUACGAUCUGAGACUCGCCGACAACACUUCAAGCGUUGCAUCGCCCGAUACCGAAACCGAAGACGACGUAUCGUUAAUUGAAAUGCAGCUAACCGGCAACUCACAUCCGACGAAACUUCUGAGAAGUGGCUGCACCAAAAUGCUGAAAAUCAUUUCGGUCUGCGUUGGACAACACGGCGAUAAAAUGGAGAAGAAUGCGGUUGCGUGUGUGGCAUCUAUGUUCCGGUCGGUGUUGUCGUCCAAGAUUGGUUUUCUGAACCAGGGACUCGAACAUUGGACGACGUUGGGCUUUCUGCGUGCCAUUUCGCAGCCCAAACAAUUUUCGAAAUUUUUGACGUCGCCCAUCUGGAUCAAACUCCACAUCGACAUACUGAACGCACCGAUCACCUGUGAACAGGAUGUAUACAAAAAGGUCCACAGUCUACGGCUGUUGCAAGCGACUCUCGUCAAUUGCGAUGAAACGCAAAGCGAACUGACCCUGUCGUUGGUGGAGAAACUGUUCGCCUGCCUUGGGAAAAUCAUUCUCUAUUGUCCCAACGAUUUGUCCUUGGCUCAGAAUCCAUCGGAUCUGAAAGCACGUGUAUUGCUGGGCGCAUCGAAUUCCAGUACAGUUGCCGAGGAGCUGCUAGGUCUGCUGCGACGACUGCACACCUUACCACUUUGGAAUGGUCCGAUCAAUUCGUUUCUUUCGAAUAAGCUUUGCAUCAGCACGGAGUUUUUGGAUGAACAGGACGACUGCAGCAAUGAACAAGAAAAGGGACUGAUUGUCGCUGCAUUGAGUCUGAUCGGUGGUGUUGAUAGUCGACCUCGCAUUGGAUUGAAUAUUACGCAUGAUGGAGUCCGAGGAACGAUUACCAGUUUUACGCCGAAAGGAAAGGUAAUGGCAAACGUGCACCAUUCGUCCGAGGUGAAGAAACUGUCGAUUGCUGUGGCUCAAGAUUGUGCCGACGUUGGCGCUUUCAGUUUGUCGCGCAUGAAACUCAACGAAAUGUUGAUAAAUUCCUGGACAGUUCUACUAAACGGCCCCACCGAAUGGAAGACGAAUCUGGCAUCGAAUCAGAUUAAUGUGGCGCAGCUCCGCUCGCAACAAAUCCACUUGGCUGCACUGAACGGGACCAGCGUACUGUUUCGUCAUCAAAAUAUUUUGCGGAAAAUUUUACGGCAACGAGCUCCUGGCAUCUCUCGAUACUCGUCCGACGAAAGUAUUAGCGAGCAUGGAAAUGAAAAUGUUUCGCCGGAUAGUCAAAAUGACGGUGGCUCAUCGGAUGAACAACAUGUUAGCAACAAUGAACUGCUGAUCCAAACGAUUUUGGCACGGGCCACACAGGCUAAUCCACUUAAAGCCCAGUACACCUACACAGAUCUGACACUGGCAGCCUUAGCCUUAUCCCAAUUGCUGUCUAGUCAUAUUCACACCGAAAUUAAUGCACCUCUGGCUACUGCUAAACGCCCCAUACCGCCACCAGUUCAUCCAACACUUAUCCAUGGAGUUCCGAUUUACAACGAUGGACUGUUGGAUGACAUUCCAACACCGUCCAGUGAAAGUUCGAACGUGUGUUCGGGAGCCCGAGCGUCGAACCGGAAACUAUCGCCAAUGAUCGCACAGAUCGUCGAAAUGGGAUUUUCACGCAAGUCAAUCAACUUGGCACUGAAAGCAGUCGCCGGUCAACCCGAUCAGCCGAAUGUUGACCAAAUCGUCCAAUGGAUUUUGGAACAUCCUGACCAGUGUCCGCCGCUACAAAACGCGUCCAAACAAAAUGAUUUGAAUGGCGAUUCGGACUCCGAUUGCGGUAGCAUCGAUACGGUGGAAUGUUUCUUUGUCAACGAUAAAUAUGCGUCGCGUGACGACUUUCAAACUGCCGAUGCGUAUGCUCAGUAUGUCCGGGAAAAAAUCGUUCCCGGUAUGACGGUCAGAUGUUGCAGAGAUUUCGAAGAGAUUCACAAAGGCGACAUUGGCACCGUUGUCAAAGUGGAUGCAGAAGGACUGCACGAUUUGAACGUUCAAGUGGAUUGGCAGAUUCAUUCGGCAGCGUAUUGGAUGUGUUUCGUGCAUAUUGAAAUACUAGAGCCUCCAAAGGAAGACACUACUGCCACCGAUAAUACCAUAGUCAUUGGAUCACACGUUCGAAUCAAAGCGAAUGUGUCAGCACCGCGCUAUAAAUGGGGUUCGGUUGUGCGAGGAAGUGUGGGUGUCGUUACGGCUAUCAACGACAACGGAGAUGUUACGGUAGACUUUCCGCAACAAUUCAGUUGGACGGGACAGCUGAGUGAAAUGGAAUUGGUGACGAAUUCUCAGGGUAACUCUUCAUCCGCUCCAAAUGAGUCGUCGAUCGGCGGGGAUUUAAUUGAAGACUGGUCAAGAUGUAUACGAUCGCUAACGGUUUCGUCGAACGAGUCCAUGGCCAAGCACUUGUUGGACAAAUCUACCAACUACUGGCAAAGCUCUUCGGGUGGCAUAGCAAAGAAUUGGAUCAGACUGGAAAUGCACGAAAACGUUCUCGUUCAUUUGCUAACAAUAACAGUUAGUCCGGCUGAUCGGUCGCAUAUGCCAUCGUUAGUAGUUGUGCGGGUCGGCGAUAGUGUUGACACAUUGAAAGACUUUGGUUGGGUGUAUGUGAAACCCACAGACACUGUGAUUCAAUUGCUGUCUGAUGUCAGGGACUACUAUAACUGGAUAGAAAUUGUUAUCAAACAGAACCGCAACAAUGGCAUUCAAUGCAAGGUUCAUGGAGUCAACAUUAUCGGUCGUCGUAAGCAAACGGAUCUGGAUCUAAUUCUCACCAAUGCUGCAUUCCUGGCAACCGAAUUUGAUUCGACAUUUGAGCCCAGUUGUUCGUCAUCGUCCUAUCCAGAAGAUAAGCAUUCAAAAGAUCAGUUGCCGAAGGUUCUUGUGUGGGGACUGAACGAUAAAGAGCAACUCGGCGGCCUGAAAGGAUCCAAAAUCAAAGUUCCGACCGCUUCACCCACACUGAGUCAAUUGCGUCCGGUCUGGAUAUCGGGUGGAUCCAAGUCGCUGUUCAUAGUGUCGCAAGACGGAAAAGUGUACGCAUGUGGUGAAGGUACGAAUGGACGUUUAGGUCUGGGCCAUAACUACAACGUUUCGACGCCGAGAAAGGUACCGAUUCUCAAUCAGUACGUGGUGAAGAAAGUAGCUGUUCAUUCUGGAGGCAAACAUGCUAUGGCGUUGACGUUGGACGGAAAAGUAUUGUCUUGGGGCGAAGGCGAAGACGGAAAAUUGGGUCACGGAAAUCGUUUGACCUUGGACAAACCGAAGUUGAUCGAAACAUUGAAAUCGAAACGAAUCCGUGACAUUGCUUGCGGUUCGUCGCACAGUGCUGCUAUUACUAGUUCGGGCGAGCUUUACACGUGGGGUCUAGGUGAAUACGGACGCUUGGGACAUGGCGACAAUUGUACACAAUUGAAACCGAAACUGGUGACGGCUUUAUUGGAUCAUCGCAUCGUUCAAGUGGCUUGUGGUAGUCGCGAUGCACAGACGUUGGCAUUAACAGAAGCUGGACUCUUGUUUUCGUGGGGUGACGGAGAUUUUGGGAAAUUAGGCCGAGGAGGAUCUGAAGGGUGCUCAGUUCCGCAUCAAGUGGAACGAUUGAAUGGCGUUGGCGUUAUUCAAAUCGAGUGUGGAGCUCAGUUCAGUUUGGCUUUGACGAAAGCUGGUGAAAUUUGGACCUGGGGUAAGGGAGACUACUAUCGAUUGGGUCAUAAUUCAGAUCAGCAUGUGCGAAAGCCGACACCUAUUCAGGGACUUCGAGGUUUACGAGUUAUUCACGUUGCUGUUGGCGCUCUACACUGUCUUGCAGUGACUGAUACGGGACAAGUUUUCGCCUGGGGAGAUAACGAUCACGGACAACAAGGUUCCGGAACGACAUCGGUCAACAAGAAGCCAAUUGCUGUGGUUGGUCUGGAUUCAGUGUUCGUCAAUAGAGUCGCGUGUGGUUCUUCGCAUUCAGUUGCCUGGUGUCUAGCCCAAUCAACAGUCGAAGAAGAUAAGAAAGAGCCGCUCCCAUUUUCGUCCACGAAAGAUCCGUUGGGUAGUAAUGGACUAGGCAUUUACGAUCAGGAACCGCAAGUGAUACAUCAACCGGGAACAUUGAAAUCACCGAAACAGUCCCUGUCGGCGAUACUUCUUUCACUGGAAUCGAACAGUGCGCGUCAAGUUGCACUAAGUCACGUACUGAACGCUAUGAGCAUUCUCCAAGCCAGACAGUGCAUCCAGGCGGCAUUGGCUUGUCACAGUCAGGUGGUCAAUUAUUCGGAAAAGAGCGGAGACAACGACAAUUACUUCAAAGAACUGGAGUCGCUGCACAAUCCAAAUAAUCCGUUAAACAAUCCGGAAGUUAUAGCUAAAGGUGGUGGUGAGGGUCCUGCGGAACGAGUUGAUCCGGCAACACUUGCUUUGGUCGAUGCGUCUCCAGAUAGCGAAUCAUUGCCUCCAUUGCCGGCAGGACCUUUUGCAGCUUUUCAAUCGUUAACUGGUUCCGUUUCACUGUCCGCAUCUAUAUCUAGCUGUAAUGCCACCCAAAAACAAUCGAAAUUGUCAAUGUCCGUUAUGGCAGCGACGAUGACACAUCAGGAUGAAGUGAUCAAUGAAAAUGGUGUGGCUGGAUUGGAUGAAUUUACGUCACUGCUGGGAGAGUCUGAGGCGAAAGGAUUGCUGGAAUUGCUAAAAUUAAGUGUGGCUGGCCGUACUGGAUCGGGAAAUACGUCUCAAACAAUUGCAAACACUCUCAUUGCAUUGGGCACCAAUUCGUCAGCGAUUGGCAGCAUGAUCUUGGAAACAUGCAUCACGGAAUUGGAAGAUCUGUGCACGUCGAGACAUUUUCUCGGUAAAAUGCCGAAACCAGUUGUUCAGGAAACCAGUCAUCCGUAUAUCGACGACAUCACUCUUGUUGGUCACGUAAAAAUACCGGGAGCCGAAGCUUUACGACUAGAAUUCGACACACAAUGUUCGACAGAAAAGCGAAACGAUCCGCUGAUCAUUAUGGAUGGAUCAGGUCGAGUUGUUGCCAGUCGUUCGGGUCGGGAGUUCGCACAAUGGGCACCGGAGAUACGAAUCCAAGGCGACGAGAUGCGUUGGAAAUUCACCAGUGACAGUUCCGUCAACGGUUGGGGUUGGAAAUUUUGGGUUCACGCCAUAAUGCCACCGUUUUUCCUGCAAGAGCUCGGCUCUGAUCGUGCAGUAUUAUCUCAACCGUCAAUGGACUUGGUUAUGGCAUUGCUCGAUCCACGACUAGUGCCAUCCAAUAAGGGCAUACUAUUGCGACUUGCUGCUGCCGUGUCAGCUUGUGCCCAACUAUCCACUUUAACGACCCCACAAAGAAUUUGGGCGCUCAAGAAAUUGCAUGAAAUUCUCACGUCGAAGUAUUCGCCGAAACCGCUGGAUCCAUCGUUGAGCUCGUUCCUGAUGCCAUUUUUGCCAUGCUUACUGAGGCAGUACGAGUAUGAAGAAUCUCAAGUCCGAGGAGGCGUUCAUUUGAUGCAUUCGGAGUACUUCAAAACUAUGGCCGCUCUGGCUUGUGACAUGCAAUUGGACUCAUUGAUAUCGGCUGACAUCCAUAAGUGGGCAUGGUUUAAACGAUAUUGCUGUGCCGUACGUGUCGCUCAGUCACUCAUUAAUCGAACACCAUUGCCCCGAGCAUUUGUUAUGGAAGUCCGGAAGAAAUUGGCCGACAUGUUGCCGAAUCAAUCGGUUUCAGCGAUGUUUGGUGGAGCAAAUGGAUUGUCAUCAUCAAUGACUUCACUGUCGAGCAGUCACAACGCUACCACAUCAUAUUCAUCGGCGUCGUCCAGUUUGGUUCAGUACAUCGAUUCGGUGAUAUCUUUGGCAAGCAUUCCAUCGGAUGGCGAGAUGCGAGAACAGGAGAAUCAGUACCUACAGGAGGACCAUACAAUUUUCAAAGCACAACACGAUCGCCAAUUGUUACAGUGGCUGAAUAGACGACCCGAAGACUGGAAGUUAUCAUGCAAUGGGGCGAGUACCAUUUACGGAUGGGGACAUAAUCAUCGCGGGCAAUUGGGUGGACUGGAAGGCGGACGAAUUAAGUCUCCAACGCCGUGUGAAUCGCUGAGCCUUUUACGACCAAUUCAAUUAUGUGGCGGAGAGCAAACGCUGUUCGCUGUCACACCGGAUGGCAGACUAUUUGCUACUGGAUAUGGUGCUGGCGGUCGACUAGGUAUCGGCGGAACAGAUUCAAUUUCAACUCCAGUUCUGGUUGAAUCGUUGCAGCAUGUGUUCAUCAAAAAAGUUGCCGUUAAUUCGGGUGGAAAGCAUUGCCUUGCGCUGACUGAUUCGGGAAACGUUUACUCCUGGGGAGAAGGUGAAGACGGUAAGCUCGGCCAUGGCAACCGAGUCAACUACGAUCGACCGAAACUCAUCGAAUCAUUGUCGGGUAUCGGUAUCGUGGACAUUGCUUGUGGAUCUGCGCAUAGUGCUGUGAUAACAUCGUCUGGACAUGUGAUGACAUUUGGGAAAGGUAGAUAUGGUCGACUGGGGCAUGGAGACUCUGAAGAUCAGCUGAGACCGAAAUUGGUUGAAGCACUGCUGAAUUAUCGGUGUGUUGACAUUGCUUGUGGCAGUGGCGAUGCACAAACGUUAUGCAUAACAGAUGACGACAACGUAUGGAGCUUCGGCGAUGGGGAUUACGGCAAAUUGGGCCGUGGUGGCAGUGACGGCUGUAAAGUGCCAAUGAAAAUCGAGAGUUUGGCUGGACUUGGUGUGAACAAAGUCGAAUGCGGAUCUCAAUUCUCAGUGGCGUUAACCAGAUCUGGAUCGGUCUACACAUGGGGCAAAGGAGACUAUCAUCGAUUGGGCCAUGGUACCGUCGACCAUGUGAGACGGCCGAAAAAAGUUGCCGCUCUGCAAGGAAAGAAAAUCGUUUCCAUAGCAACGGGAAGUUUGCAUUGUGUUUGCUGUAGUGAUCAGGGUGAAGUGUUUACCUGGGGGGACAACGACGAAGGACAAUUGGGCGAUGGAACUGUGUCGGCCAUUCAACGACCUCGAUUGGUGGCAUCGCUACAGGGAAAGCAUAUUGUCAAAGUAACAUGUGGCUCGGCACAUACAUUAGCACUAUCUACUACACAAUUAACUGAAGGCUCUCGUCCACCUCCGAUUCCACCGUUAGAGUACGAUUUCGUUAGAGAACUUCCACCAGAAGCCCUUCACGCAAGACUGGUUCUUCUCCACCAUUUCUCCGAACUGUUAUGUCCAUGCAUUGCAAUGCUACCGAUAAGUGGCGAAUUAUCGCUUGGUGCACUGAAGGAUCUCCUUGUGUACAGUAUCAAAGAGGCAUCAUUCCGGAAAGUCAUCCAAACGACAAUGGUGCGAGACAAACAACAUGGACCAGUGGUGGAACUAAAUCGCAUUCAAGUGAAACGAUCUCGAUCUCGGUCCAGUGGUGGAUUGGCUGGCGUUGAUGGUUUAAAGAGUGUAUUCGGUCAAAUGGUCCAAAAGUUACCGGUUUUGAAUCAGGAAGCGUUGUACUUGCCGCACAGAGUGUGGAAAGUGAAAUUCGUUGGUGAAAGUGUUGACGACUGCGGUGGUGGUUUCAGCGAAUCAAUUGCUGAAAUGUGUGACGAACUACAAAAUGGAAGCGUUCCGUUGCUAAUUCAAACGCCGAACGGUGCCGGAGAGGCAGGUGCCAAUCGUGAUUGCUUCUUACUGGAUCCAACAUUGACGUCUGUCUUGCAAAUGAACAUGUUCCGAUUCUUGGGUGUAUUGAUGGGAAUAGCGGUGAGAACUGGGUCGCCAUUGAGCUUGAAUUUGGCCGAACCAGUUUGGCGGCAAUUAGCUGGCGAAACACUUCGACCAUCUGAUUUGACCGAGGUCGAUCGAGACUACGUUGCCAGUUUGUUGUGCAUUCGCGAUAUGGAGGACGAUCCGAAAGUGUUCCAAACUUUAGAGUUACCAUUUUCGACUCCGUCUGCCAAGGGUCACGAAGUUCCACUAUCCACUAGGUACACUCGCAUCACGCCACAAAACAAGAACGAGUAUGUUCGACUAGCCCUAAACCAUCGACUGCACGAAUUCGAUGAACAAGUGAAAGCGGUCCGCGAUGGCAUGUCGAAGGUGAUUCCCGUGCCACUGUUAUCGCUGUUCACAGCAACUCAGUUACAGGCAAUGGUUUGCGGAUCGCCUGAAAUACCUCUAACUCUACUGAAAUCGGUGGCCACAUACAAGGGAAUCGAUGCCACAUCGCCAUUGGUCGGAUGGUUCUGGGAGGUGAUGGAAGAGUUUUCCAACCAGGAACGAUCUCUGUUCCUACGGUUUGUGUGGGGCCGUACACGACUGCCCAGAACGAUAGCCGAUUUUCGUGGACGUGAUUUCGUACUACAAGUACUCGACAAGUACAAUCCUCCCGAUCACUUUUUGCCUGAGAGUUACACAUGCUUUUUCCUGUUGAAAAUGCCGCGGUAUUCGUGUAAGUCUGUGCUGCUGGAGAAACUGAAGUACGCCAUCUAUUUCUGCAAAAGCAUCGACACCGAUGAGUACGCUCGCGUUGCACUGGUAGAGCCCACCGAAGCGACGGUCAGCGAAAAUAACAGCGACUUGGAGUCGGAAGUGAGCGAGGAAAUUUGAAGUAAUCGACUGAUACAAAACAAAACAAAAAUUACCAAAGGUUACCAGCUACUGUUUUCAAGAUACUAAAGAGAAAAAUAUUAAAUUUUAGUCAACGUUGCAA